AUGGCUAAACAUCAUCUAGACUUAUUAUUUUGUCGUAAGCAACCCGGCGUCGCUAUUGGACGACUGUGUGAUAAAUGUGAUGGUAAAUGUGUUAUCUGUGACUCUUAUAUCAGACCAAGUGCAAAGGUACGCAUUUGCGAUCAAUGCAGUUAUGGUUCAUUCCAGGGUCGAUGUAUUAUAUGCGGUGGAAUUGGGACAGCGGAUGCAUAUUAUUGUAAGGAAUGUACAAUCCAAGAAAAGGAUAGAGACGGAUGUCCAAAAAUUAUAAACAUAGGAAAUGCCAGAGCAGCUAUGAUGUAUCAACUUAAAAAAAUAUGGCUUCACAGGACGUUAAUGCACUGUAUUUCCAUUUGUAUUUUGUAUAAUUCAAAAUCAUAA